AUGGCGUAUAUAUUUCAAGCGUUGUCAGAAGAUCUAGUUUUACAAGUUGCAAAUUGUAAGACCGCAAAAGAAGUGUGGGAUGCACUUAAGACAAGAUAUGUUGGAGAAGAUAGAGUAAAAAAGGCAAGAUUGCAAACACUCAAAUCCGAGUUUGAGAUGUUGCAAAUGAACGAGGAAGAGACAAUCGAUGCAUUUACCGCGAAGAUAGAUGGGAUUGUCACUAAGGCAGCGAAUUUGGGUUCAACAUUUGAUCAACCAAGUCUAGUACAAAAACUUCUGAAUUCUGUACCAGAUAGGUUUAUACAAGUUGUUGCAUCCAUCGAGCAACACUGCGACCUUGACAAAAUGACGCUAGAUGAUGCGAUAGGAAGAUUGAAGGCUUUCGAGGAGAGAACAAAGUUUAAGAAUAAUAAAGAAAGUGAUGAUCAAAACAAGUUAUUGUUGACACGUCACAACAAUAAAUUUAAUCAAGGAAGGGGUUUUGGGAAACGUGGACAAGAUUCGUCGAGAGGACGAGGCAGAGGGAAAUAUAAAGGCGAAGGUCACAACUCAGAGGAUUCGGCAGGAAACGACAAAAAACCGCGAAUGAAUGUUGACAAGUCGCAAACAGAUUGCUACAAGUGUGGAAAACUUGGGCACUAUGCUUAUGAAGGUUCAAGCACAAAAGAGAAAGGGAUUUGCAGGACUCUCCAUAGAGACUGA